CUUUAGUGUACUGUUUGUUAUGUAACUUCCGCCAUCCCUCCACGAAAAAAAAAAAAUGGCCUCACUGUUUUCGUGUUGUCUGGGCUGUUGUGGGGACGGAGGCUCGGGACAUGUACCCCUCAAAGAGAUGCCAACAGUUCAGCUGGACACGCAUCAAAUGGGAACGGAUGUGGUCAUCGUCAAGAGCGGCAGAAGGAUAUGUGGGACCGGAGGUUGCCUAGCCAACGCCCCUCUCCAUCAGAACAAGAGCUAUUUCGAGUUUAAGGUUCAGUCUACGGGUGUGUGGGGAGUGGGCGUGGCCACUCAGAAAGUGAACCUGAACCAGGUUCCGAUGGGUCGGGACACUCACAGCCUGGUCCUGAGGCAUGACGGCUCCGUGUACCACAACAACGAGGAGAAAAACCGCUUGCCUGCCAACAGCCUUCCACAGGAGGGAGAUGUUGUGGGUGUUACGUAUGACCAUGUGGAGCUGAACCUGUUCCUCAAUGGGAAGGACAUGCAGUGUCCAGCUACUGGCAUCAGAGGGACUGUGUACCCAGUUGUUUAUGUGGAUGACAGUGCCAUCUUGGACUGCCAGUUCAGUGAUUUCUACCACACGGCUCCGCAGGGCUUUGAGAAGAUCCUGUUUGAACAGCAAAUCUUUUGAACCUACACACACACACACACACACACACACACACACACACACACACACACACACACACACCCCACUCUAUGCCUCUUUCUGUAAUUGUCUACUCUAGGUGACUGGUGUGAGUGUUAUCUGCUGUUGUUCUGGCUUGUUGUGAUUGGUUGGGAGUGACUGUUGACUUUUUGCUCAUUUUAGCAGAGC